AGGGGGCAGCGUCGUGGUUUCCAGCAGCAAACAGCCAGCUGCGUCCAGUAAUCCAAGAUGUCUGCGCCCUGUGGGAGCUGCUAACGGCGUGAAGGUACAGGACAAGUCUCAGUGGAUGGAUUCUCAGUUGAUGUGGAGGCAGAUUUAAGGCUUUUGAGACCAGGAUGUCAAAGAUCUCUAAGGCAGCUAAGGCUGUGAAGAAAUUGGAUGUCAGCAAUGUAAUCCGGGCUAUAGUGAGGUCAGGACAAGCGGCCCCCGGACCCCCACUGGGCCCCAUCCUGGGACAGAGAGGAAUCCCCAUCGGACAGUUCUGCAAGGACUUCAAUGAGAAAACCAAGGAGCUGAAGGAGGGCAUCCCUCUCCCCAUCAAGAUCCAUGUGAAGCCUGACCGAACGUAUGACCUGAAGAUCGGGCAGCCCACAGUGUCUUACUUCCUCAAGCAGGCAGCGGGCAUCGCAAAAGGGGCCGGAAAGACAGGCCAUGAGACAGCGGGGAUGGUGUCGGUGAGGGCGGUGUAUGAGAUCGCCCAGGUGAAAGCUAUGGACGAGUGCUUCAAAAUGAGGAACACCUCCCUUGAGACCGUCGUCAAAAGCAUCAUCGGCUCGGCUCGUUCGCUUGGCAUCAAGAUAGUCAACAAUCUCUCAGCUGAUGAGUACAAACUCUUCUUGGAGCAGAGAGAGGAGAAGUUGAAAGCUGAUGCAGAAGCAGCUGCCGUUGCUGCAGCAGAAGCUUUGGGCAAAAAGAAAUGAAGACCUGCAAUAUUUUUAUUAUGUUACCCCCAUUCCUAUUUCUAUUGACUCUAUAUGUGAACUUUAUUCACAAACAAACACUGUUAAUGUUUUGUGUCAGUUAAUAAACAAUUAGUUAUUGUGUG